AUAUUAUAUGCCAUCACGGCUUUCUCUCUCUUUCUCAAUCACUGUACCAAUUUGUAUUAUUUUUUAAGUUUCUUCAACUCCUAGGCAACCCCUCUUUGUCUCCUCCAUUGGAAAACCAUCUUCUCCUCCCCUUUCUUUCUUUCUUCUUUCCCCUUGAUCCUCGUUUGCACAUACUUCUUCAAUUCCAAUCUCAAUCGGCUAGCUAGCUCUUCCUUCUUGAUCGAUUGCUUCUUCCCCCUCCACUUGUUUUUCGUCCUCGAUCAUUAGAAGACCCAUUUAAAUAUGUGAUUUUUGUUGGAUGAGGUUAUGGCCGGCUUGGAUCUGAGCACCGCUGCGAGGUACGUUCACCACCUCCAUCACCGGCCCGAUCUCCACCUCGCGCACCAGCAGCCCAACUCUGACGACGACAACAACGCCAGCGCCAACGGCGAGAACCACGACCAAUUCAGCGGCGCGGCGGAGCGAGACGGGUCGUCGCCGUCGGCGCCGCAGGGAGGAGACGUGGCUUCGCGGAGGCCACGAGGGCGGCCGGCGGGGUCGAAGAACAGGCCGAAGCCUCCGGUGAUCAUCACGCGGGAGAGCGCCAACGUGCUGCGCGCCCACAUGCUGGAGGUCGGCGCCGGCUGCGACGUCUUCGACUGCAUCGCCACCUACGCCCACCGCCGGCAGCGCGGGGUCUGCGUCCUCAGCGGCAGCGGCGUCGUCACCAACGUCACGCUCCGGCAGCCCUCUGGGUCGGGCGCCGCGGGCGGGGUGGUGACUCUGCAGGGGCGCUUCGAGAUCCUGUCGCUGGCGGGGUCGUUCCUUCCUCCGCCCGCGCCGCCCGGGGCCACCAGCCUCUCCAUCUUCCUCGCCGGAGGGCAGGGCCAGGUGGUGGGAGGAAACGUCGUGGGCGCGCUCUACGCGGCCGGGCCGGUCAUCGUCAUCGCCGCGUCGUUCACCAACGUGGCCUACGAGCGGCUGCCACUGGAGGAGGAGGAAGCCCUCCAACAACAAGCAGGAGAUGGCACCAGCAGCGGCGGCGGAGGCGGCGGGAACAUUAACAAUCCCUUCCCUGACCCGUCCUCGAUGCUGCCAUUGUUCAAUUUCCCCCUCAACAACAUGAACCAGCUGCCGGGAGUGGACGGACACGGUUGGGCUGGCUCCUCCACCGGCCAGCCGGCGCCGUUCUGAUCAUUUAGCUCCUCACUUCGCCGGCAAAGGUCAGAGAAAUCAUGCCAUUAACAUGCGCUGCUACUACUGCUAUUACUGCUACUACUACUCCAUCUUUAAUUGUCUACUACUCCUUCGAUCGAUAUAUCUCUCCGCAAGACUAUAUGUGCCGAGAUCUUAAUGUAUUAAUUAAUUAGACCUCUUGUUUGUUCUUAAUCUUAUCAGUAAUUCAUUCAGUCA